AGAAGAACUUGAAGGCCUGAAGGCUGAGGCUGCAGCAGGGUGUCCGACUUUCAGAUUUCAUGGGUGGCUUCAGCUACUUUGAUCAUAGGUACAUGUCAUUCAUCCCUAUCAAUCACAACAAGAUUUGAUUCAUCAGUUUCACGUUGGGAGAAAAGGGGGAGCGACUGUCGGGUUGUCCAGACUUCUGGUCCUGCGGAGGUGGUGCUUCGAAACUGGUUAAAACUCUGUUGAUCUGAGAGUGUAGAUAUUGUGCCACUGCAAAGAGCUGGAUAAACUUGGCUGAUUGCAGAAAAGUGGACAGAAUAGGACCUGGAGCGUUUGGAAGUGCAAGUAACUUUGGCGGGGUCUUGAGGUCCCUAGGAAGUUUGAGCAACUCUUCAAACCUGCGCCAUCCUGCGCCAUCAAGCGUGUACAUGCUCCGAAAUUCUGCAAUUCUGAAUUCAUCUGGAGUCAAUGGACGAUCUGAUAAACGCUCUUGCAGACCUAGGGGGCGUAAUAGCUGCCAGGGUUUCUAAGCUCCUUGCAGUACUCUCCCAAAACAAGAAUGCAAGUUCUUGGGGAGCUGUGGCUGGUCUAGCACUUGCUAUUAUCUGCGCCUGGAGAUACAUUGGCAAGGGUCGAGACUCGCCACGUUUGCGAAAGCAUGAGGGCGUGUCCAGGCUCCCUCCCGAAGCUGAAUCUCACUUUGCACGUGCAUCUGGGGUCUCUCAUUCAGCAACACAAGCAACGCACCGGGGCAAGGGCGUAGAGCAGACUGUGCAAACCCAACCUGCGCAAAUGACAUUGGCACAGUCGGUUCACCAUCGUCUGCAAGGGAGCCGGCGGAUGACUCUAACCACCCUAGGAGUGCUCUUCACGGAAACAUCCCCAGAAGAAGUGCAGGAAAACGGAGCCACCUUGCGCCCGGGGGCUGCAGAGGUGGUGAAGGAGUUGAGCAAGGCAUGCGACCUGUACCUUGUCACGCAGUGCCUCGAUGACACCAGCGAGAUUGCAGUGAUGUCGGCGCUCGAGUCUGCGGGGCUGUUUGCUCAUGGGGCCGUGAACAAAGACAAGGUUCUGUUUUGCAGUACACCUCAGGGCCGAGCUUCAUUUGUUCGGCAACUUGAACCAGACUGGCACGUAGACACAUCUGCAGACAUCAUCAAGCAGCUUGCGCGUUUUGUGCAGCACCAGUUGCACAUCGCUUCUGGCACUGGCCCGCGCGCUGUGGGGAGCGGGGUGGUCGCCGCGGAAGGGCUCGCCCAAUACUUUGGAAAGUCGGCCACAGUCAGGUAGCUCGCCAGGGUACUCUGUCGGCGAGAAAGGGGAGGUUUCAGUUGAUCUACGUACGAUGCUUAGACACAGCUUUCAUAUGGUAGCGGCCAGGGGCACCACCGUAUGCUGUGUGCUUAAGUAGCUGUGACGUGGGUUGCCGUUAUAAGCAGCUCUGACAACUUGAAGGAGUACUUCGGAAUUGUGACACUAAUCUCUGUAAGGGCACCAGCGGGUGCAGAACACGCAACGGUUGCAGCAGCCUAUCCGUCUCAGCGAAGUUUUGCCAUGCACUCAAGCGAAAUGCAGAUUAAUUGCAGCG